UUUGCGUAUUCAUUUAUUCAUUACUCACCCCUCGAUGUUCUAUAUUUAUUUCUCCUUGCUCGCAAUUGAUCAGUCUUCAUCCUGCAUUCCGUCAUUUUGAUACAUGGCAACAUUUUUGCUCGCUUAGCGCUGAUACUGUAAUAUUUAUGACAUAAAUGCAAAAAGAUAACAUAUAUCUUGAUAUGAACAUCGUUAGCUGGAUAUCCAGCAUUAUCUCUGCCAUCGCCCGUCUCUUCAGCAUCGCCGGCUUCGUCCUCGCCCUCGCCCUCGCCGUAUUUAUCCUAAAUAGGCGCCUGGCCCGACGACAGGCACCCGCCCCGCCAAUAACCGAGUCCAAGAAGAAGGAGAUGCAGGCGAAGUUGGCGAUGUUGAUGGAGGACAGGCGAGGGCAGCAGGCGCAGGUAGGUGUGGGCAGAGGAGCUGGAUUGGGGGAUCAGUUGCCCCUAUUCCCAACUUUCUCCCUAUGGCCAUCGCGACUUUCACUCUCGCAGAGUCGGUUUGAACAUGGUUUGGCUGAUAAAGUCUUGGACUAUUAUUUUUGGUGCGUUGGGGGUCUUCUCCAGGUAUCUGAGGUUGGUCAUGACUUGACUUGUCCAUACUUUGGGAUACAAGUGACCGCAUCGGCCAGAGAUUCCUCCGGUUCGAAGACAUCGAAGACAUCGAAGACCGAUUCUUCAAGCCGGUGGACAGUACUGUAAGGGGGCCCUAGUCUACUGCCAGAUUCGGUCCAGGACCCCCUCCGGCUCCACGACCUCGACGGCUGCCCCCCAACGGACGGACAUGCGGAGGGACGAACAGACUAGGACUGGUUCGUUCGGCAUGAAGUCGACCGUCUAACUAGUUGAAGGCCGUCAUCACACGGUUGAUGCACAGAUUCCUUUGGCCCAGGUGUUAGAAUCGUUUGCAAAUCGUAUAGCAAUAUACAAUUUUCUUCAUCAUAUCGGCCGCUGCGUGGUAUUCGUCUGCAGUCGCCGCUGUAGUUAUGAUUAAAGCUAUAAAUAUUGUGGGGGCCAUCAAACGAUGGUCCCAUGGGGAGCCUCUCUUUGGGGAGAGCGAGGAGGUGAAGAAGGUGAAGGAGCUGGAGAUUGUGGUGGAGGUGCUGCGGGGGAGGAUGAGGAAGGGAGUAGAGAAGCUGGAGAGGCAGGUGAUGGAACGGGAUAGGGUGCUGGUGAUUUUUGAA